GCAGAGACUAGUAGCGAAGACAUGAUUGGCAGUUUGUUGUUGUUUAAUGUGCUUUACCCAUGCUUUACCCCCUGUCACAUUACUUGUCCCGUCGACGCGCAGAAGAGUCAAAGACGAGUAUUUCUCCUUUGGUUAAUGGCAGGACUACGUGGGAUUGUGGUGCUGUCACAAAUACAUACAAUCAAUCUGAAACAACCCUUCAUGACCAGAGAGAGAAAACAAUGGAGGAUGCUAAAGAAAGUGUUGAAGAACUUGGCCUGAGGGACAACAACACAGAUCUUGACAUGGAUAAGGAACCGUUAACAGCUGUCAUACAUCAGGACACAAAGAUUGAUACAGCUCCAAAGAUGAAUGAAAUGCAAUGUGCACUGAAUGAAGAAGUAGAGACUCAGAAACAAGAAGAUAAGGAUAUUGCUGUCUACUAUAAAGACACAGAAGAUGAAAGUGCUACUUCAUCUGAUGACGUUAGUCCACAGCAAGCACUUACUGCACAAUUUAUGCUCCUGCACACAGAGGACAGCAUACAAGACGUUACCUGUCCUUUACAGAAACAGGUAAAAACUGAAACGUUGGAGGUGUCUGUACUUAAAGCUGAAGAGAACAAACAUACUCACUUCCCAGUUGAACAACUCCAGUUGUCAAACUUAGACGAGUCGCAGUCUCCAUUUAAAACUAGACAUGAAGUAACUGAGUGCUGGCAUGAGUAUUUACUUCCCACUGGAGAUUCGACCUCUGAUGCUUCUUGUGAGCAACAUGAUGCACAAAUUGGCUGGCAUUUUCCUGCAGAGCCUGGUCUGACACAGGAAGUGCAGUGCCCUUUCUGGCAACUUCCUGCGGGAAGCUAUUACCCACCAUUGGGGCCGACAGUGCCUUUUGAAGUAGUGUGGAGAGUAUGGGAGGAGUUGGAUCAAAGAGCUGCUGCAGCUGAGUGUGCUCUGAGCCCCCUUCCAUCCAAAAGUGCCUCAAUGGACUUCACUGUUAUGUCCUACAACAUCCUUGCUCAAGACUUACUGGAGCUCAACGAGCAUCUGUACAUACACUGCCCCCCAGAGGUGCUGGACUGGAAUUACCGCUGCAGCCUCCUUCUGAAGGAAAUAGAAAAUUGGACUCCAAAUAUAUUGUGUCUUCAAGAGGUUCAGGAGAACCACUACUACGAACAACUGUAUCCAGUUCUUUCUCAGUUGGGCUACACCUGCGUUUACAAGCGACGUACAGGAACCAAGACGGACGGCUGCGCUAUUUGCUAUCAAAGCUGCAGCUUUGCUGAAGUUGCAGUCUCAAAGCUGGAGUUCUUCAGGCCUGAGACGAAGCUGUUAGACCGGCACAAUGUGGGCAUUGUUUUGCUUCUUCAACCAUUAGUCGUCCAAGGAGCAGAGGUUAAGAAGAUGUGCCCACUGCUGUGUGUGGCCAACACACACCUGCUCUUCAACCCCAGAAGAGGGGACGUGAAGCUGGCACAGUUGGCAAUCAUGCUGGCAGAAAUCGACUCCGUGAUCAAGUCCUGUAGCGCUAAAGGUCAACACUGUAAUGUUGUGUUUUGUGGAGACUUUAACUCUCGUCCACACAUGCCUUUGUACCAGCUGAUUACCACCGGUGAGGUGUACUACCAGGGUCUGCCGACGUGGAUGGUUUCAGGCCAAGAGGAUUUGUCAUACAAACCUAAUUACCACAGACUGUAUGCCCCCUUGUGGCCCAGCUCUCUAGGAAUCACUGACAAAUGCCAUUAUGUAACAAAUGCUGAAAACGGCGUGUUUGAGAGCCAACCUCAAAAAUCCGAACGUCAGUACAGCCACGAGUUCAUGCUGCAGUUGCGCUUUUGUCCAGCUGCCUGCGUCCGUCCUAAAGACCUGAUACUGAUUCCAGGGGUGACUGAUAUCAAACCAGAUGCUUCAAAGGAUAACGAACAAGAUGCUAAAAGGUUCCGACGCGUGAUCAGUCAUCGGUUAAACUUGGAGUCAGUCUAUAAACAUGUAUUUUCUGGCUCUGGCUGUCCAGAAGUCACAACCCUGCACGCUGAAGGAGGAGCUACCGUUGACUACAUCUUCUACUCUCCAAAACACCUCUUUGACUCCGAGCACAAAGGUACAGGUGCAGAACCAGAAAUAUUUGCAGGUGAAGGUCUGAAGCUUUCUGGUUUUCUCUCGCUCCUAUCCGAGGAUGCUUUGUGGUCCAUGAACGGUCUUCCCAAUCACAUCUUCCCCUCAGACCAUCUCGGCCUGCUCGCACAAUUUCAGCUGGACCUGAACGCUGCCUGAAGCAUUUUCCUGCUGGAAGUGUCCUAAACCUAAUUUAUGUUUGAGAACAAUAAUU